CCGCGAGGGUAGAUGCACGUUGGCGAAUAGCUGUGGGUUCGUAGUUUGAGUUCGAGCAAAAGCCGAGUGACACGUCAAAUGGAACUACCACGCACAGCCUCAGGAGCUCCGGUUAGCAUUGGAGAUUAAAAAUGAAAAUGCUGAACACCAUUCAUUGGAGUACAUAACAUUCAAACAGCAGGAGAGAGUUGAAGAUUUAUCUUUGCUGCAAGUUCUUUGCUUACCAUGGGAGAAAAUGAUGAAGAGAAGAAUAACCAGGCUGGCCAACUCUUUGAGAACUUUGUCCAGGCUUCAACAUGCAAGGGUACAAUCCAAGCCUUUAAUAUUCUCUGUCGACAAUUGGAGCUCAGCCCUGAGGAUUACAGAAAUUUUUUUAAAACCCUUAAAACAAAGGUGACUUCCUGGAAAGCAAAAGCUCUCUGGAGUAAGCUUGAAAAACGUGCAAGUCAUAAAGCGUAUAAAGAUGUUUGCAGAAAUACAAAGUGUCUCAUCAUUGGAGGUGGACCGUGUGGAUUGCGGACUGCUAUAGAACUUGCCUUCCUGGGAGCCAAAGUGGUUGUUUUAGAAAAGAGAGACACUUUCUCCAGAAACAAUGUGCUACAUUUGUGGCCUUACACUAUUCAUGACCUUCGUGGACUUGGGGCAAAAAAAUUCUAUGGGAAGUUUUGUGCAGGCUCAAUUGAUCAUAUCAGUAUUCGUCAACUGCAGCUCAUCUUAGUUAAAGUGGCUCUUAUUCUUGGAGUGGAAUUUCAUAUGAAUGUAGAAUUUAUUAAGCUUCUUGAGCCUGCUCAAGACAAUCAAGGAAUGGGCUGGCGGGCUGAAGUGUGUCCAGCUGAUCAUCCUGUUGCAAACUUUGAUUUUGAUGUAAUUGUGGGAGCAGAUGGACGACGAAACACUCUAGAGGGUUUUAGAAGAAAAGAGUUCAGAGGAAAACUGGCAAUAGCAAUCACAGCAAACUUUAUUAAUAGAAAUACAACUGCAGAGGCCAAGGUAGAGGAAAUUAGUGGCGUAGCUUUCAUCUUCAACCAGAAAUUCUUUCAGGACCUUAAAGAAGAAACAGGAAUUGACCUGGAGAACAUUGUUUAUUAUAAAGAUAACACCCAUUACUUUGUGAUGACAGCAAAGAAACAAAGCUUGCUGGAUAAAGGAGUCAUUAUUUAUGAUUACACUGAUACCGAGAUGCUGCUGAGCAAUGAAAAUGUAAAUCAGGAAGCUCUACUAUCCUAUGCACGGGAGGCUGCAGACUUUGCCACCAACUACCAACUGCCAUCCUUGGAUUUUGCAAUGAAUCACUGCGGCCAGCCUGAUGUUGCUAUGUUUGACUUCACUUGCAUGUACGCUUCAGAAAAUGCAGCACUUAUCAGAGAAAGACGUGGGCAAAAACUGCUUGUGGCACUUGUGGGAGACAGUUUACUUGAGCCUUUUUGGCCUAUGGGGACUGGAUGCGCCCGAGGUUUUCUAGCUGCGUUUGACACAGUAUGGAUGGUGAGGAGCUGGGCACUGGGCAGGGCCCCAUUGGAGAUUUUAGCUGAAAGGGAAAGCAUCUACAGACUACUGCCUCAGACCACUCCUGAAAACAUCACCAAGAACUUUGAUCAGUACACCAUUGAUCCAGCAACUCGCUACCCAAACCUCAAUUCUAACUGUCUACAGCCUUUCCAGAUCCGUCACUUAUAUAUUACUAGUGAGCUGAAGCCCUGCACUGUUGAAAGAGCUCCUUCACUUAGACAGUCUGUUAAUCUUUCACGACGGGAGUCUGAAAUCCGACCGAACAGGCUAUUGACUUGGUGUCAGAAGACCACAGAAGGUUACAGGAAUGUUGACGUCUGUGACCUCACUACUUCCUGGAAGAGUGGUUUGGCUUUGUGUGCAGUUAUACAUCGCUUUCGACCCGAUCUCAUUGACUUUGAUUCUCUUGACAAAGAAGAAUCCACUAAAAAUAUUCAGCUGGCUUUCGACAUUGCUGAGCAGGAGUUUGGCAUUUCUCCAGUCAUCACUGCAAAAGAGGUGGCAGCUGAAGGGGAACCAGACAAACUUGGCAUGGUUUUAUACCUCUCAAAAUUCUACGAGCUGUUCAAAGGCACACAAUUGAUUUCAUCAGGGCACAAGAGGGGAUCUGGUGAAAGCAAUGAUGUUUACUUGGCAAAGUCAUCCAGAAAGGCUCAUAACAUCAAUUACACUUUACCGAGAAAACGAACACCUAAGGAUGAGAAGAAAUCAGAGGAAGAUGAUGCCACAAAUAAAAGAAGGAGGAGAAGUUUCAAUUAUUUAGAAGAGACAUCUAACAAUUCCAACUGGAGUACCACUUCUGCAAGUGAAUGUGGAGAAGGAAAGGAUAACUUGAAUCAAAACAAAGUGAAAUCAAUGGCUUCACAGCUUCUUGCAAAAUUUGAAGAAAAUGCCCCUAGCACUUCAUUACGGCGACAGACUGAUGCUGGUUUUAGUGAAGUGAAACCAGCCAGGCCCCAUUCUCUUGAUUUGUCUGAAAACCCACGCUUUGCAAAACCUAAGGACAAUACUACUCCCAGUUCAGCUACUCCUCAGAAAAGGCAGUAUCAUUCUGCGUCUUCUUCUCAGUAUCUGGCUAAUUGUUCCAGUAAGUCUUUUCAAUGUGCCGAAUUCAUACAGCAGAAGCCCAAGCAGGUUAAUACAGAGGUACAGGUAAAGUGUACAGAGCCCUCCACCUCCUGCCGCUCUACUGUCUUAGCAGUUUCAGGGAUGCUACAGCGGCUUCAGCACCUUGAAGACAAAAUUGCACAGAGAAGAGCUCAGUCCCUGUCAGCUAGGGAAUUUAAUAAAAAAAGCAUUAAGGAGAAGGCUGCUCACCUCUGUUCAUUGUUCGACUACAUGGCUUUCAGACCACAGUCAACCAUGCCUGCUCCCAGCCUCCCCCAUCCUAGGCCCAAAACUAGCCCAGCUUUUCCUUCCAUUGCCUCAUCUUCAUCUUCAUAUCCAUCUCAUGUGACAUCUCGUUCUCCGCUGUCAUCUCCUCAGGAAUUAGAUAAGCUGCCCCAUAAAAAGGUCAUGCCGACUGAGCACAUGAAUUAUGGAAGUGUGCCCCGUACAAAAGGUAUUCAUCCCAUAGCCUCUAGUGAUCCACAAUUUGCUUUGACUGAAAUUAAAAACCCGCAGCCCUCAGAUCCUUCCUCAGGACAGAUGACUGUUGGAAAGGUUUCUGCUGUGAUAGGUGCCAUGGCCGAAGUACUGGUCACUCUGUAUGAGAAUGACCACAAACCCAAAACUUGUUCAACUGCCCCCUUGCUGGGUUCUCUGCGAAAGGAGUUUCCUCAGAAUCUGGGUGGCAGCGACACCUGCCAUUUCUGCAAGAAGCGUGUAUAUGUCAUGGAGAGGCUAAGUGCAGAGGGCUACUUCUUCCACCGAGAGUGUUUCCGUUGUGACUUCUGUAAAACCAGCUUACGCUUAAGCAACUGUGCUUUUGAUGUGGAUGAAGGUAAAUUUUACUGCAAGCCGCAUUAUACUCAGCGAAAGAGUAGUAAGUACUGGAAACGGCAUUCAGAGUUCCCAAAGGAGGAAACUGAUCUGUUAAAACAGACGGAGGCUGCACCGUCAUCUCCAGAGGCAAUAAAGGCUUACUCUGCUGUCAGCAGCCUAGAGGGUCGGCCUCCAGGUGAUUAUGUUCAGUCUCUGGCUGGACACACUUUUCCAAGCGAUUAUGCAAAUGGCCACAUCUUUGAGGACACAUAUGCGUCACUCCCUACUCAUCCAUCCACUGUCAAAGUUGUACUUGAAGAAGAUCACAUUCUACACAGCCUUGUGGCUGAGAGGAUUAUGGUAAUAAGUGAUGCCAGCUGCUCAGACACGGAGUCUGACCCUUUUGGGAGUUCAUUUAAUGGUGACUAUCGAGAGGGGAUGACUGAAGAAAACACUCAGGAGGAUGUUGUUCAAAGACCAGACUCAGAUGUACCACAUAAUCCAAACCCAACCACAACUGAAGAAGUUAUACUGCCCCCCAAAGCUUCUAGUUCCAUUACAUUAUCACCAGUGACACGAUGGAGGAAGAGAAUCCGCAAUACUCUUCCAAUAAUGAUGUAUAAGAAGAAGAAUCAGCUUGUGGAGGACCCACCAGAAGACCUGCAGCCUUCCCAGAGUUCUCCUGGUCAGAAUCCCUCUCGACUGGUGGCCAGCCCUCCCCUUACACCAAAGUCAGGGGGAGUACACAUCUAUGACCUCAAACCAGAGUCUGAUUUGCCCACUUCAACCACACAAGUACCUGACAGUGUAAAAUUAUUUCCAUCUCCUGAUUCUUUACAAGCCCUAGUUGCGAGUGGCACAUACAGUGAUAAUGAAAAUGGUCAAGAAGACAUAGAUGACACCAUGAAGAAGUGCCCAAAGAGAAAACUUGUGCUUUCUCCCAAUGUAAAGGCAUCCUUACUGGACUGGGAGCUGUUAGUGACAGAGGAUUCAAGAGAAUGUGAAAGACAUGCACAAAAUGAGAGAACAAAAACUGAACACUGUGAUGCCCAGAAAAAUGAUUUAGGUUCUUCCGGAAGUGGUUCCACUGCUAGCUUACCUCAUAGCCACCACACUCAUCCAGAAAUGCAGAACAACUCAAAUUGCUCCAACAACCUUGAUCCCACUCCAUCUCCUUUCCAUAUUUUGAUUAAUGCAUUUAGGAAAACAUUGAGUGCCUCCAAGAAGAUCUUUUCUUUGGAUGCCAGUGAAAAAACUGACAGCGUGACUCAUUCUUACUCUGACGGAGGACUUAAUUCCAGCAAAGGGAAAGAAGACUCUAAAACAGAGCAGUUGUUAAAGAACUCGUACACACUGAGCUCACAACUUCAUUUAAAUAAUCAGCCUGAGACAAUGACACCGAUUCCAAAGCCAGUGGUUGUCUCCAAUUUUCAUAGAGAUACACCUUCAGAACUUAAUGUGGCACAGGGCAAAAACACAACAAGCCCAAUUUCACUUAAGAUAGACACAGAAGGAAAAGAUGAUGUAGAUGUUUCAAAACAAACUAAACUGAAGGAAGACUGGUCUGUGUUAUUUGAGAAGGUUUCACUCAGUGGAGGGUCAUUCAGAUAUUCUAGAAACGAUUUAUCAUUUUCACAGCAAAAAAGACUAAAUGAAUUUUCUGCCCUCCAAGUUCAUGAGCCACAAGAGAUGAAGAAGAAAGCAAGUGGCAAAAACAGUCUAUGGAAUCUCUUUAGCAAUGUCAGGAAAAAGACCACUGAGAAGGAAGCCCCUGUCAGAAGCAGGCCAUGGUCAUCAUCACAACAAAUGUCAGGCAUCACUCAGCAGCUGGCGGUAGAUCAGAUGAACCUGCAGGAGACCAGUUCUUCCAGCGACGACACACAAGAAAAGGCUUCCUCAAAAUUAAAGGCAUCAUCAAGCUGGAGACGCAAGACCAGGCUUGAAAAGAGUAACAGGCAGCAGAUGCGACGAGAAGAGUUAAAAAGGCUGCACAAGGCGCAGAUAAUACAAAGGCAGCUGCAGGAGGUGGAAGAGCGUCAGAGAGACUUAGAAGAGAGAGGUGUUAAACUUGAGAAGCUACUGCGAGGCGAAUCAGAUCAUAAGGGAAAUGAUGAAACACAUCUUCUACACACUUGGUUUAAACUGGUAUUGGAAAAGAAUAGACUCACCCGGUAUGAAUCUGAGCUCAUGAUAUUUGCUCAAGAACUGGAGCUUGAAGACCGUCAAAGUAGACUGCAGCAGAUACUACGUGAAAGGAUGAGCACAGACGACUCAGAAAAGACCGAACAAGACUGUGCUGAAGAAGAGAAGAUCCUAAACCAAAUACUUGCAGUAGUAGAGGAACGUAAUGACCUGGUUGCUAUUCUUGAUGAGCAGAGGUUGCUAGAAAAGGCUGAAGAUGAGGACUUGGAGUGCAUUCUGUUAACUCGAGGUUACCAGUUUAACUGGAGUUGACUUUCAUGAUUAACAGCCUACAAACUCUGUGGACAAGUAAGCAACCAAACAAAGGAUAACAGAUAAAUAAACAAUAAAAAAAUGUUUAUUAGAACUGCUGUACAUUUGUGAUUGUUAAGACUCACCUUGAUAAAAGCAUUUUAAAUGUUCCAGUUCUACUUAUAUUUUUAAUUCUCAACAUUCAUACUGUCUGGACUGCAAAAGGAUAUUACAUUUUCAGUGAUCAUUUUUUUAAAUAAAUGAUUCCCAUGUUUUAUUUAUGUAUUACAAUUUUUUAUUCUGUGAUGGGUUGGGCGAAGGUGCAUACAGUGAAUGGCUCUAAAGACUGAGCAAUUGAUAUUUAAGAGUUAGAGGUGCUAGUUAACUUUACCUGUAUGCCUUUAUGAUGUAUA